GAUGCCUGUGAUUGAACAGCGAUUGCCUUCUUGCCAUCUAAGCCGCCGCUGAACGAGAUCCUGCCUGUAAGUGGAUACCCUUGGCUGACUUCAUCGCGGCUUCCCUCCGGGGCCGAACACAACCAGGUUUCUGCUCAGUCGACUUCACGUGUGAGUUGUGGGCGUACAUAGUAUCGCACUUCCCCACCACCUCUUCUCAGUCUCUGAUAUAAUCGCAAUUAUGCCGGACUCACUACAAAUUGCGUUGAAAAACGACAGCGACCUCGAUAACAUCCACGCCUACGUCACCGGAAUCGCCAUUCAACAUGACGGCAAACGCUGCCUCCUCAAGGCCAAUGGCAAAGAUUUAUAUUUCCCAACAGACGUGACAGAAAUUGGUUCUCAAUUACAAGAAGACUGCGCAAUCCCACUUGGUCAGCCCGGCAACACAGUCACAAUCACCAUCCCACAAAUCGCAGGAGGCCGGAUAUGGAUCGCAGAAGGCCAUCUCACAUUCUUGCUGAAUCCCGGUGGACCAGCCUUAGUCGAGCCUUCUGUUCUGAACCCGAGUGAUCCGAACGCGAAGGUCAAUUUUGGGUUUGCAGAGUUCACCCUCAACGAUGCUCAGCUAUACGCCAACAUCUCAUACGUCGAUUUCGUGCCAGGAAUACCCAUUGCGAUCACCUUACAAGCCAACUCUGGAGACUUGCAGCAUGUGGCAGGCAUGGCUCCUGAUGGAAUCGAUCGCAUGGCCGAGAGCCUCGCCCAACAAGCCCAAAAGGACGGGCGGCCAUGGGAUAAAUUGGUAGUAAACAAAGAUGGCCGAAACCUGCGAAUUCUGAACGCAACACACGGAGGUGCCGUCGGCGCCAGCUUCGAUGGAUAUUUCGAACCUUACGUGGAAGAAGUCUGGCAAAAAUACAAAUCAGACUGCAAAUGUAAAAUCAACACGCAAGCCGGGCCAGGAGUACUUGAAGGGCACGUCAACCACAAAGGGAAAUUGAAGAUCGGCGACGAAGAAUUCGAGAAACCGACUACGGCAGAUAUUCUUGGCUGUAAUAGUGGACCUUUCACGACUGGACCUUCACCUACGAGAAAUGCUAUUAUCCCUCGAUUAGCAGCUGCAUUCGUUCGCUCUGCUUUGACGGAAUGCGAGGACCAUCCUAGUCAACCUCAUACUUUCUACACUCGAGAUCCAACGAAUCACUAUGCGAGAUUAGUGCAUGAGCACAAUGUCGAUAAGAAAGGUUAUGCUUUUGCCUACGAUGAUGUGCAACCGGAUGAGGGCGAGGAUCAAUCAGGGAAGGUGAAUGCCGGGGAUCCUGUGUUGUUCACAGUCAGUGUUGGCGGUAAGAGCGCUACAGCUGGUGGUGGAGGAGCAGCAGCUCCGUCUCAAGCACCAUCAAACCCGAGCAGCUAUGAUAGGCCACCACCUCCGCCACCGGCAGAGACGCGACCUUCGCCGGGUUUAGGUGGGCUUAAGGGAAAGCUAUUUGGAAAGGCGAAAGGGUUCUUAAAGCAUUGAUCACGGUGAGUGAUGACCUGGGGGGCUUACUUGUUCGUCAGCUGCAAAUUACCGGGUGGGAUACAGAGAACGAAAUACACGACUAGGAGGAUCAUGAGCCAGAUGCCGGGGCGCCAAAAUCGGUGUAAGAGAUCAAACAACACCUAUAUGUAUCUUCGGUAGAGAUCGGA